UUUCGGGCACAAAAAGCGACGUGCACACUUCGCUUUGUUUUGGAAAAUAAUUAGAUAUAUUUAUAUGAAAAAUGGAAAAACUGGAGGCUCUAAAAAUAUCCUCAAUGCGUCCGCGGAGCAACAUCCUGGACAGACCCCUAUCCAAGGGCAAAACGGAGGUAUCCCAGAGCAUAGUGGCGUUGCUCUUCAGCGAAAUCGUUCAGUACUCGCAGAGUAGAGUGUUUACUGUGCCAGAAUUGCAAACAAGACUCCAUGAUUUGGGUCAAGAUGUGGGCACACGGAUAAUCGACCUGUAUUUCGUGAGGGAGCGCAGUUCCAAGAGGGAAACGAAAUUAACCCAAAUGCUGCUCUUUGUUAAGACUACAGUGUGGAAAAAUCUAUUUGGCAAGGAGGCGGAAAAGCUGGAACAUGCCAACGACGAUGAAAGGACAUACUACAUCAUUGAAAAGGAACCUCUGGUCAACACUUUCAUAAGUGUGCCAAAGGAUAAGGGCUCUCUCAACUGCGCCAAUUUCACGGCUGGCAUUGUGGAAGCUGUGCUCACGAAUUGCGGAUUUCCCUGCAAAGUGACAGCCCACUGGCACAAGGGCACCACGUACAUGGUGAAGUUCGAGGACUUUGUCAUCGCCCGCGACAAGCAGAUGGAGGAGAAAUAAAUGGCAUAGCUUCAUUA